AUUUUACAGAUUUCUAUAUAAAUCUUCCCUCACACCCACUCCAUCACCAUUUCCCACACACAGACUAAGAUGAGUGGCGGCGGCGGCGGACUUCGGUGCUCAUGGGGCAAAAUGGGGAGAGGUUUAAACGAUGCAAUUGCACGCAGCGUGGUGGGGAGAUAUUUCAAGCUUGAAGCUCGAAAUAGCUGUUUCACUAAGGAACUACGAGCGGGUUUAGCCACUUUUCUUACUAUGGCUUAUAUCAUCACCGUUAACGCCAAUAUCCUCACCGACUCCGGCGGCAUGUGCUCGAUGGCCGACUGCUCCGCGCCGCCGAAUGGCACCGCUGGACCGGACUGCAUGUUCAAGCCCAAUGCCGGCUACCAAAAUUGUCUUUCCAAAACCAAGAGCGAUCUCAUGGUUGGCACUAUUUUAUCGGCCAUGAUUGGUUCCUUCGCCAUGGGAGUUUGUGCUAAUCUUCCUUUGGGCCUCGCGCCUGCUAUGGGCCCAAAUGCGUAUUUGGCGUAUAACUUAGUGGGCUUUCAUGGAUCCGGCCCAAUCCCAUACCGAACCGCGUUGGCCAUUUUCUUGGUCGAAGCUCUUGCGUUUAUUACUGUUUCUGCGCUGGGGAUUCGUUCAAAGCUCGCGAGACUCAUACCUGAUUCGGUUCGGUUCGCUUGCGCCGCUGGGAUUGGGCUUUUCAUAGCUUUUGUGGGCCUGCAAUCCCACCAGGGAUUGGGCCUAGUUGGGCCUGACUCAGCCACAUUGGUCACACUUGCGGCCUGUAGCCGUACAAAUCCAGAAACCGGAGAAUGUAUUGGAGGAAAAAUGCAAAGCCCAACGUUUUGGCUUGGGUCCAUCGGGUUUGUAAUAAUGGGUUAUGGGCUAAUGAAAGAGCUUAAGGGCAGCAUGAUAUACGGCAUCGUUUUCGUCACGGUGGUGUCUUGGUUCAGAGGAACGGCUGUGACGUACUUCCCUCACAGCCCACUCGGCGACGAAAGGUACAACUACUUCAAGAAAGUAGUGGACUUUCACAAAAUCCAGUCAACAGCCGGUGUUGUUAGCUUCCACGGCUUCAACAGAAGCGAGGUAUGGGUAGCCCUAGCGACUCUGUUUUACAUCGAUGUGAUCGCGACGACGGGAACGCUUUACACAUUGGCCGGAAUCGCCGGACUUGUGAACGACCGAGGAAGUUUCGAAGGCGAAUACGUGGCGUAUCUCGUCGACGGUGCCUCGACGGUGGUGGCGACGAUGCUUGGAGUUUCCCCGAUCGCGACGUACGUGGAAUCGACGGCGGGGAUCAGAGAGGGUGGGAGGACGGGGAUUACGGCGGUGGUGGUGAGCUUUUGUUUUAUGAUGUCGUUGUUCUUCACACCGUUGUUGUCAAGUGUGCCGCCGUGGGCGAUCGGGGCGUCGCUGGUGAUGGUGGGAGUGAUGAUGAUGGGGGUGGUGAAGGAGGUAGAUUGGGGGAAUGUGAAGGAAUCGGCGUCGGCAUUCGUGACGAUGAUAUUGAUGCCGUUAACGUAUUCGAUAGCGAAUGGGAUAGUGGGUGGGAUUGGGGUGUACGUUGCUCUUAGUAUUUACGAUCAGGUUUUGAGUUUCAUGAAUUGGUUGAUGAUGAAGAUGGGGAGGAAGGUUGUGGUGGAAGACCCAAACCAGGUCUCGGCUACCGCUGCUAAUGCAGAGUUGACAUCUGUACUUUAG